ACUCAGCGGCGACGCCGCCCGGUCGCGGUGUGAUGAGGCAGGCGGCGGCGCGGCCAUGGCGAAGACCGUGGCCUACUUCUACGACCCGGACGUGGGCAACUUCCACUACGGAGCGGGGCACCCCAUGAAGCCGCACCGCCUGGCGCUGACCCACAGCCUGGUCCUGCACUAUGGCCUCUACAAGAAGAUGAUCGUGUUCAAGCCCUACCAGGCCUCCCAGCACGACAUGUGCCGCUUCCACUCCGAGGACUACAUCGACUUCCUGCAGAGGGUCAGCCCCAACAACAUGCAGGGCUUCACCAAGAGCCUCAAUGCCUUCAACGUGGGGGAUGACUGCCCUGUGUUUCCAGGCCUCUUUGAGUUCUGCUCUCGCUACACCGGAGCCUCCCUGCAGGGAGCAACGCAGCUGAACAACAAGAUCUGUGACAUUGCAAUAAACUGGGCAGGAGGCUUGCACCACGCCAAGAAGUUUGAGGCCUCUGGGUUCUGUUAUGUGAAUGACAUCGUUAUUGGCAUCCUGGAGCUGCUCAAGUAUCACCCUCGUGUGCUCUACAUUGACAUUGACAUCCACCACGGGGAUGGUGUGCAGGAGGCCUUCUACCUGACUGACCGUGUCAUGACUGUGUCCUUCCAUAAGUAUGGCAACUACUUCUUCCCUGGCACAGGUGACAUGUACGAGGUGGGCGCGGAGAGCGGACGCUACUACUGCCUCAAUGUGCCCCUCAGGGAUGGCAUCGAUGACCAAAGUUACAAACACCUCUUCCAGCCUGUCAUUAACCAAGUGGUGGAUUACUACCAACCCACCUGCAUCGUGCUGCAGUGCGGCGCCGACUCGCUGGGCUGUGACCGCUUGGGCUGCUUUAACCUCAGCAUCAGAGGCCAUGGGGAGUGUGUGGAGUAUGUGAAGAGCUUCAACAUCCCCUUGCUGGUGCUGGGAGGAGGUGGCUACACGGUGCGCAACGUAGCGCGCUGCUGGACCUAUGAGACCUCGUUGCUGGUGGAUGAAGCCAUAAGUGAAGAGCUGCCCUACAGUGAGUACUUCGAGUACUUCGCUCCGGACUUCACUCUGCACCCUGAUGUCAGCACCAGGAUUGAAAACCAGAACUCCAGGCAGUACCUGGAUCAGAUCAGGCAGACCAUCUUUGAGAACCUGAAGAUGCUGAACCAUGCUCCCAGCGUGCAGAUCCAUGACGUCCCCUCCGACCUGCUCAGCUACGACCGCACCGAUGAGCCCGACCCAGAGGAGAGAGGGUCUGAGGAGAACUACAGCAGGCCUGAAGCUGCCAACGAGUUCUACGACGGUGACCACGACAACGACAAAGAGAGCGACGUGGAGAUCUGAGGGGCUGCCAGGCUGGCCAGAGACAGGAGCCAGGCAGCCCUCCCUGGUGUAUUUGACUGAAGGUGGUGGCAGCAGCAGCAGCAGAAAGGCCACCACCAGAGCUGGCUUCUGCUAGCUGGAGAGGCAGAGAGCAGUGAAAGGUUCGUCCUCGACGUCCCCAGCAGGUGGGGCAGUGCCAGCAGUCACUGCUCCGGGAGCUGGCAGUUCAGGCAGCACUGGAACCCUUGCUGCAUCCUGGCUGGCAGCUGUGUCACUGCCUUCAGAGCCUUCAGUCACCUCCUGCAGCUCCCAUCCAGGCUUCUGCCAGCGAGGUGGCACCUGGCCAGGUUGUCCCUGCUAUCUCUGCCCCCCUCCAGCAGCAACCCCCAACCCAGCCCUCUCCAUCCCUACCUUCUGCUCAGCUUCCCUCUGAAGCCUGUGCUUGAGAGUUGCUUCCUGCUGUCCUUUCUGCCCAUCUGCUGCUCCACUGCUGGGGGAAAAGCACCUGAGAAGACCAGGCCCAUGGUGGGAGAGGGCUUGGGGGCAUCCCUGGAGCUGGGAGCAGCUUGAUGGAGCAGGUUGGCAGCAGCUCUGCAGGGCCUUGGGGUGGUCAUUCCCCUCCCUGCUCAGUUUUGUGUUCCCAGGAGAGUUCCACACCACCUGUGAUGAGUUGGAGCCAACUGCCCUGCCAGAAGGGAGGCCAAGAGCCCUGUGGAGCAGAGGUCUGGCUGCCAUGGGUGUCUGGGCACCUCUGGGGUGGCUUCCAGCUGCCUCUGGGCACCACCAGGGUGGCUUCCAAGGUCCUUGUGUGCAUUAGCAAGAGGCCUGGGCUGCUGCUGGGAGCAGGACCCAUUCCCUCCUGCUGGUAGCUUCUGCUCCUGGCUGAGAGAAGCUCUUCCUCCAGGUCCUCUCACCUUGCCCUCACCCAGCAGGGGAACUUCUCCUGCCCCUCCCAGACUUUUUGCUGCUCCAUCCCCUGGUCUCUGUCACGGUUCUGAGGGUGCUGAGGGGAGGUGGGAGGGUUCCAGCCUCUGGCUGGCUGCUGCUGGGCUUGUCCCCUGGUGGCUGUGACCAUUAAAGGCAGAGAUUUUUCUUA